AUGGCUGCCAGCGGCCAUGCCCCAGGUUCAGCCGUCGUCGGCGUGACGAUCAGCUUUACGGUGUUGGCGUUUAUGGCGACGGUGAUGAGACUUUAUACGCGGAUAGGGAUCGUUCGAAAUGCUGGGCUUGACGAUAUUGUCAUUACCAUCGCGCUGGCGCUGACGAGCGUGUUGACGGUCACGAUGUGUCAACAAGUACGAUACGGCAUGGGAAGACACGCGGACACACUGUCUAAUAACGACAACGUACAAUCGCUCGUUUGGUUCUGGGCAUCAGUCUGGGUGUAUUACGUCGCGCUCUGCUUCGCCAAGCUAUCGAUCUUGCUCCAAUACCUUCGCAUAUUCCCCGAGCGAAAGUUCCGCAUUGGCUGCUUCACCUUGAUCGGCGUCAUUGUUGGGUGGACUUUCUGGGCCUUCUUCUCUGCUCUGUUUGCUUGCUGGCCGAUACGGCAUUUCUGGGAUAAGUCGAUUGAGGGAACGUGUCUGAAUCGAUUGGCGGUGUGCAGGUUCUCCAAUGCUGCGGUGAACAUCAUCACAGACGUCUGCACUGCGAUUCUACCCUUGCCGGUGCUCAAGAGCUUGAAUCUUCCUAAACGCCAAAAGAUGGUGCUUAUGGUUGUAUUUGGAUUGGGAGGUGUGACCUGUGUCAUAUCGAUCCUACGUCUAUCCGCACUCUACGUCAUCUCGAAAUCCAGCGACGUCAGCUGGGACAAUCCUCUCGCAGCAAUCUGGUCCAGCCUCGAAGUUAACGUAGGAAUCCUAUGCAGUUGCAUCCCCACUCUCAAGGGCUGCAUAACGCGAUACUUCCCCACGCUCUUCUCAUCAUCAUCCUACGGGGCAUCAAACAAUGUCCGGCCAUCGACAUUCGAACUCGCCGGAAACCACGGCAAGAGCCACGCGAGCUGCACCGCGACAGUCGACCGAGACGAGCGAGAAAGCAAACGAAGCGGACGAUUCUCGAGGCGCAGUGGAAAUCAAGGAGAUGGACGAUGA